AUGGAUUAAUAAAUAAAAAAAUAAGAUGAUGAAUUUUAAGUAGAUGAGAUAAAGUAUUAGAUAAGUUCAGCAAAAGUGGAUGGAAAGGAAUAUUAUUUGUAUGAAUACAAGAAAGAAUUAAAUAAGGAUGAGAAUGAGAAAUUAACUUAAUUUUUGCAAAAAUUAGAAAGUGGAUUAAAAGGAGAGGAAGGAAUGGAAGGCGUAAUGAGUAUUUGUAAAGGAUGGAAAAAGGAAUGUGAAUAAAAGCAGUUUUAAUGA